AUGAAGGGGAAUGAGAGACAUGGGGGUCCAGCCCUCAGAGGCUCUAUCUGUCACUGUGGCUGUGCCAUUCCUCUCAGAUGCUGGCAGAGAAGGGAGGACAUUGUGGAAACAUGGCAGAGUGGUGGUGCUGGGGGGGUGGGAAUGCAGGGUCUGAGUGGGGGUGACGUGACUGAUGCAUGGCCCUUCUGUUCCACACACAGGGUACCAGAUUGCCUACUGCCUGGCCAGCAGCAACACCAACAUGUUCACCACGGUGGAAAUGGGUGCCAUGGUGAGGCAAUUCCUGGGCACCGAGCUGGCCCCAGAUUCAGCAUACAUCUUCAGGCUAUUGGCCAAAGUGAGGUAAGGCUGGGGGAGCCCCUAGAGGCCACUGUCAUCACCACUGAGAAGAGAGGGAGGCUCCCUGAAGCCAGGUGGUUGUGGUACCUUGGACAAGGCCCUUCCUGUCUCCAUGGUGCUUCGAGGCUCAGAUGGCAUGGCCUCAUGGGCAGCAUCCAAAGCAUCUGGCCUCUGUCUCUUCAGUGCAGAUUCAAGUGCAACACAUACAGGAGUGUGACCCCUGCCGUCUCCCUGGCAGUUGUGCAUCACAGUGGCCCUUCAUGUGUUGUCUCCAUGAGGAAUGGGAUUCCCAUAUGGAUUCCAUUGGCAUUCAGCAGCAGCGAUGAUGCAGGGUGUCCCCGGAGGUCCCUGAACCUUCGCUCCUGUGUGAAGGAUGAUGCGCACUCUGUGUUUGUAGUGGGAGCUCAGGCCAGAGCCCCAGUUGAAGCUUCUCCCACCAAGAUACAGUGCUAG